AAAGUGGGCAGAGCUCGCAGACAAGAGCCGUGCUAUCAGCGAGAGCGAGUGAGCCCCCACCGCCUGGGGCUUCCCGUAGGGCUGUGCAACGGACAGACCAGGGCAGCCAGGGCAGCCAAACGACAAAACGGGCGGGCCGAGUGGGCUCUAGCUGGCCUGACUGCCUGAUUCGUCACCUGGGGACAGCCAAAGCUUAGGGAUGACCCGACCUGCCCACCUGCCCACCUGCCCACCCACUGCCCUUGGGAGGCCCCGUCACUCCGCAGCCAAGGAAGCUAGCCCAGAUCAAACCAGACACAUGCGAGUGCUCCUCCCCGAUUGACCCGUUGACGACAUCCAUCGGCUGCGCACGCUGCACGGGGCUUUCUGCACGGUAGUACACCACAGGACUACUCCGUACUACAUCAGGGCCCUCUUUGCUGCUUUGCCCGCUCUCUCUUUUAAUAUGACGGCUGUCGCCCUCAGCCUCAGUCGCCACCAGCACCGACCCGCCACCAGCUGGAGCAGGUUCGACGAGCUCGAGUUGCCGCUGCCCAAACGAUGAACAGGAGUGGCCACCCCAGCCGACGGGGAACUUGGUCAAAGGCCACCGACAAUGACACCGCCGCCGGCUCCACCCCAGACUCCGUCGGCUCGCUGCUGGCCGCCAUCGCCAACUCCAUCAACGAUGCCCUCCGCCUCCUCAUGUUCGCCGACAAGGCCCACUGGGGCCCCGACGAGUUCGAGCAGGUCCGCGCCCUCGAGGCCACCCUGGACGAGGCCAAGAAGGACUUCCAGGAGAUGGGGCCCUUGCUCAAGGGCUCCGUCUACUACGAGAACGACCGCAGGAUCGAGUCGCUCGAGGAGCUCGGUGAAUUGCGCACGGAAUUCGCGAACCACGCCCGGGUCUUCAAGGACUGGCUGCGACAAGGUGGACCUAUCGAGCCCCUAUGGGUCAACGACACCGUGCGACUGAGACGAGAACUCCAUCGAGCCCAAUGUCGCGCCGCCGCCCGAAUAUUCGCAUCCCAGCAGGCCGACAUAGCAGAAGGGCCCGGCCAGCGAUGCCUUGGCGCGUUUGAGAUAUACCGGCGGCAGCGACGACUAGACGACCGACGGAAGCAAUACGAGCAACGACAUAGCCGGCCGUCUUCUAGGUACGAGUCGACGCGGGACGAGGUGGCACAGGCGCAAGGCAAGAAACCAAAAAGGAUACAGAGCUGGGAGCAGGGGACCCCCGUGAUGGGCACCUCCAUCGGCGAGGCGGUCGAGAUGGGCGCAUGGGGCCAGCAAAAGGCGCCCUCGGUCCACUACAGCGAGCAGCUGGACGCCGUGGAGCGGGAGGCCGAAAUCACGGAGGCUAUGGAGGAGCUCGUGCCCGUCUGCAGCACCGUCGGUCACUUCGAGCGCUUCGGCGACCGCGACGUGGCGUUCGAAUGUGAUUUCUGCGAGGGCUUCAUCGUGUGGAACGACCUGAUGGUCAUGCCGACGAGGCCGGACCCCUCCGCAAUCGCCAAGGGCGUCACCGAGCAGCCGAACUGGCAGUCCUGCGGCAAGAGCGUCUCGACCGGCGAGGACAAGACGGUCGUCUUUGCACCCCUCGCCAUAGCGAACCACCUCGCGCCCGAGAUCGGCGGCUGGCAGGCGAGGAUAUUGUGCCCAUACUGCGAUGACUACAACUACUUUGAGCAGGGCGAAGGGGACGAGACCAAGUACGCCCAGGACGAGCGCGGCUUCGGGAGCCUGGAAGAGUUCCAGGCGCAUCUGGAGUGGUAUCACACCUCCACUUCGAUGCCGGGCCUGCCCUCGGCCAAGAACUGCGUGGUCAUGUAGGCGCCCACGAGGAGGUGCGUGUCAUGAGUAUCAGGCAUCUAUGUCACUGCAAAUCAAACACUUGGAAGGCGUUUUGUCAUCGAGAAGGGAUUUUGCUUGGUCGGCGUUACUAGGUAUUGGAAUGAGCCCUGGCGUUCGGGGCACUUGAGAUAUGGCUCGAACCCACAUCAGACGUGCCACGUUGGAUAGGACACGAAGGUUAGCACAGCCUGGCCAAGGUGCAGUGAGAGAGGUACCGGCUGGCAGGGGCUCAUAUAUAUGUUCAAUGCUUAAUAUACCCAUCUUUUUCCAAGGCGACAUAUGGUUGCACAAAAUCUCAACGCCAUUGGCACCAUGAAGUUACAAGGAUGUCGAUCUCAUCCUCAUACUUGUUUGAGUCAGAUCAGGAACCAUAAUGGUUCAGAGCAUCUAGUGACGACCUCAUCAUCUCGGUCUCGCAUCCGCUUGCUCCAGUAGAAACAUGAACCAAGCCUGGUCUGAUUAUGGAUUUGUAUAUUACGCUCUUCGUUGCCUCCAUAGACUGAGCCUACCGCUAUGCAAUCAACGCCGGAACUCCAAUAGCAUAUAUCAUGCCACCCAUAUGUGACAACCCAUCAGCGCCCGACCGUCAGUCGCCG